AAGAGGUUUGAAUGCUGGCACCUGUUGUGUUGAAUCAACGGAGCUCACACGUCCUCUCCAAAUAGUACAAGUUUGUGAGUUUUUGGGCUGAAAAGAGUGAUUCUAAACGCCCUACACCUCGCAUGAUACACUAGCUAAAAUGCUAACGCUAGCUAAAAUGCUAACGCUAGCUAAAAGGCUAACGCUAGCUAAAAUACAAGGAGUGAUGUGUGAUUGAAUAUGAUUGUAAGUACAUUUUAUACUUGAUUAUCACGCAUUUGUAACUUAUUAUGAACUCAGUAUCAAUGAAAUGUGUUAUUUUUGUGUAUUUGCAUAUUUUUGGAAAGGAAGAUACUGUUUUGAACAAAUAUUCUGUGCAUUUGCGGGGUCCUGAAUGCUGAAUCAAAAAUGUAUUUGAUUCUAUUUGCAUUUCAUUACCCUGUGAAAGGAUACUAUAAAUGGCUGACAAAUUCAAGGUAUCAACAGUAAGUUCUCUACACAAGUCUUAUUUAUUAUAGUAUUAUUUUUUGGCUUCAAUUCCACUCCUAUUUUCUGGGAGGAUGGGUGAUGUCAUUGCACCGUGGGUGCUAUCAGAAGGCACCCAAAGGUUUUUUCCGCACCUUAUUUUGAAAUAAGCAAACCAAAAGCGCAUCACAAGCCCUCCACGUUCACUUGACUCAUUGCUUUCCAGUGGCGUCUUUUAGCCACAAGGAUCGGUGGUCACCCAGUCAGGGUUUAGAGGAAACAUGAUGUGCGCCAUCCACGUCAUUCACUUCUCUUUUUUAAAAAAGAUUAGUCUCAUUUCAUCCCUGUGGGUGAAUGAUGUCACUCACAGCAUUAGUUAAUUGAAGACUAUAAAGAGCAACAUUAUAAAAAAUGAAGAAAAAAAAAACAUUUGCUUCAUCCAAGGCUGCUUGUAUGUAUGUUAGCUUGCUUUCCUUGUUUGAAAACAGCAUCGAUCCAGCAAACAAGCUAUUUAAAUGCUAUAGCCGUGUAGAAUCGCUAAAUAAUUUUAAAAACAUAUUUGAUUGGUUUUGGACUGAUUUUAUUCCUCCUGACUUUAUAGCAGCUGAAAUUAUUUUAACGAAUAUUUUAUACAUGCAUUUUUAUUCCAUGAAAUUUUCGGCACAAACUGAUGAGAGAAAAAAAAAUCAAAAUUCAAACGUAAAAAAAAAACAUAAAUUCGUUGUCUUUGGUAGUGGAGGCUUGCGUCCACUGAGGUGUCAGGAAGACUUGCAGUGGGUUUAAAUGUUUUUUCACAUCAACCACUGGAACAUCUCCGCUCGCCACUGCAGGCCACAAAGUGUCAGUCUUUGCGCAAGCGAGGCUAAAUAGGAGUUAGGCCAGCCCAUAUUUAGACCCGGUGCGACUUCACUUGACACAGCACUUCUACUCCCACCCGACAUACUUGGGAGGAAGAGCUUCCACGCGUGAUGACACAGAGGUAGCUCCUCGCCACGCCGGUCCGGCAGUAAGGUCAAAGUUUACACCCUCUUAUCUGGAAGGCUUCUACACACCCAGGAGAUGAUCCAUUAACUUCGGGCUGCGUCUGUGACGGGUAUAAAGAGGCGUCGCUCUGAGGUUUCUUCUCAGAUGCAAGCAUGAGAAAAGGAGUCUACCUCAGCAAAGGAACGGCGGUCACCUUAGUGGUGGUGGGUGUAGCGGCCGCCGCUACCAUCAUCGCCUUGGCUGUGGUCUACGCUGAGGAGAGGUCAAAGAAUGAAGCAGCGUCAGUAUCCUCCACAGCUCAGCCCUCUACGACCACCAUCACCUCCACCCCUUCCUCCAACAUCAGCACCACCACACCUCCUGGCCCGCAGCAGCCCUGGCACCGCUACCGGCUGCCCACCUCCGUCGUCCCCAUCUCAUACGAUGUCACCCUGUGGCCUCGUCUGGAGCCCCGAUCCGACGGCCUCUUCUUCUUCACCGGGAGCUCCACGGUGGUCUUCACCUGCGUCAACAACACGGACCUCAUCCUCAUCCACUCUCAUAAGCUCAACCUGAGCAGCUUUGACGGAGACCACCUGGCCCUGCUGCAGGGUCUCGACGGAACAGAGGCGCCCCCGCUGAGGAAGACCUGGUUGGAGGUCCCCACGCAGUACCUGGUCAUCCAACUGAGCGGGGAGCUGCAAGCCGGCAGUACAUACAGCCUCUACACCAGCUUUGAGGGAGAGCUAGCAGACGACCUGGGGGGCUUCUACAGGAGCGAGUACAUGGAGGACGGAGUGAAAAAGGUCUUGGCCACCACGCAGAUGCAGCCCACGGACGCCAGGAAAACUUUCCCGUGCUUCGACGAGCCCGCCAUGAAGGCCGUCUUCACGUUGACGCUCUUUCACCCCCGAGGGACCGUGGCGCUUUCCAACGCCGUCAACAACGGUGAGUCAGUCCUUUUCCGUUCCACGGCUGAGCAUCAUCAAGCGUUUUUUGUCCCGGUAGAGCCUAUCAACGUCAACAUCGAUGGCGUGCCUUUACUCCAGACUGACUUUCAACCCACAGAGAGAAUGUCCACCUACUUGCUGGCCAUCGUCGUGUGCGACUUUGGACACAUCGCCGCCGACCCGGGAGCGGACGUUCUGAUCAGGAUCUGGGCUCGCAAGCUAGCCAUCGAGGAGGGCCAAGGGGACUACGCUCUGGCCAAGACCGGACCGAUCCUGGCAUUCUUUGAGGACUACUAUAACUCCUCCUACCCCCUGAAGAAGUCUGACCAGAUCGCUCUACCAGACUUCAGCGCCGGCGCCAUGGAGAACUGGGGUCUGAUCACCUACAGCGAGAGCGCUCUCCUAUACAACCCCAACGUGUCAUCCAAUGGGGACAAGGAAUGGGUGGCCACCGUCAUCUCUCAUGAGCUGGCUCACAUGUGGUUUGGGAACCUGGUGACCACACGCUGGUGGAAUGACUUGUGGCUCAAUGAAGGAUUUGCCACCUACGUGUCCUACCUAGGAGCCCACUACGCUGAACCCUCAUGGAAUAUGAAAGACUUGAUCGUCCUGAACGAGAUCAUCAGCGUGAUGAACGUGGACGCGUUGGCCUCGUCCCACCCCCUGUCAUCCAAGGAGGAGGACAUCCAGACGCCAGCACAGAUCAACCAGCUCUUCGACUCCAUCACAUACAGCAAGGGAGCCGCCGUGCUCAGGAUGCUGUCUGAGUUCAUCACAGAGGACGUCUUUUCCAAAGGACUCCAUAACUACUUGGAGGAGUUCAAGUACGACAACACAGUCUACACAGACCUCUGGAAGCACCUGCAAAUGGCGGUGGAUGAAGCCGGCCUGACUCUUCCUCACUCGGUGGAGACCAUCAUGAAUCGCUGGAUCCUCCAGAUGGGCUUUCCUGUGGUCACCAUCGACACCCAGACUGGGAGAAUCUCCCAGAAACACUUCUUGCUGGACCCCGACUCCGUGGUGGACGCCCCCUCACAGUUCAAUUAUGAGUGGUUUGUUCCUGUCACGUGGAUAAAGACUGAUGGCGUUCCUCAGCAGCACUGGCUUCUUAGUAAAGAAGAAACAAACCCGGACAUGGUUCUUCUGGGUCCUGAUGAGUGGCUGAUGGCCAACAUAAACAUGACGGGCUUCUACAGGGUCAACUACGACCUGCAGAACUGGGAGCGUCUCCUGGCCAAGCUGGACUCGCAGCAUCAGGAUAUCCCGGUCGUCAACCGAGCUCAGAUCAUUGGCGAUGCUUUCAACUUGGCCAGAGCAAAGAUGGUGAACCUAACUCUGGCUCUGAGCACCACCAAGUUCCUGCAGAAGGAAGUGGAGUACCUGCCCUGGCAGACGGCCAGUAGCAACCUGGACUACUUCUACCUCAUGUUUGAUCGCAGCGAGGUCUACGGACCCAUGCAGGCGUACAUGAAGAAGCAAAUCACUCCCCUGUUCGAGUACUUCCGAGAGGUGACGGCCAACUGGACCCAGGUUCCCGACAAGCACACGGACCAGUACAACCAGGUGAUUGCCAUCUCCAAGGCCUGCAGCAGCGGAGUGGAAGCCUGUCGGGAGCUGGUCGCCGGCUGGUUCAGGGACUGGAUGAGAAACGGCACCAACGUGAUCAGUCCCAACCUGAGGUCCACGGCGUACUGCAGCGCCGUGGCGGCGGGCGGCGCGGAGGAGUGGGACUUUGCUUGGGCCAUGUUCAAGAACGCCACCAUCGCCUCAGAGGCCAACAAGCUCCUAAGUGCGCUGGCCUGCACCAGACAACCCUGGCUGCUCAACAGGUAUCUGGACUACAGUCUGGACACAGAGAAGAUCCGGAAGCAGGACGCCACCAACGUCAUCACCUCCAUUGCCGGGAACGCCAUCGGACAGCCGCUGGCCUGGGACUUUGUCAGAAGCAAGUGGGACUACUUGUACAAUGAUUACGGUGGUGGAUCGUUCUCCUUCGGCGGCCUCAUUCACGGCGUCACCCAACGCUUCUCCACCCAGUUUGAGUACGAGCAGCUGCUGGACUUCAAAGAGGAGAACGCGGGGCAGUUGGGCUCGGCCGCCGCCGCCGUGGAGCAGGCGCUGGAGAGGACCAGGACCAACAUGAAGUGGGUGGCACACAACAGGAAGGACGUACUGGAAUGGUUCACUCGUGAAACCUCAGACUCAGCCUGAUGUCCUGCUUAGCUGGCACCCCCGCCCCCUCCCCCCGCCUCAUACGUGGAGUUAAGUACAUGUAGAUAUUUUUUAUUGUGACACAUUUGAUAAGAUAAGAUAUGCCUUUAUUCGUAUUUUUAUUUUAUUUGUAAAUAAACCUACGCUAAUGUCACUCGUCACUCACGCUACAUAACACCAUGAAUACCAUCCAUCCAUUUCAUAUUAUUAUUAUAUCAAUAAACUUUUAUCAAUACAAUUAUAUACAGUAUGUAUAGGAAGAACUAUAAUAAUAUAUCAAUAAAUAAUAAGUCUAUUGUAAUGGAUAAAUUGGAAUAAAUCAGUAAAUAACUAAUAAUAUUUAUAUUGUAAUAAUAAUAAUUUUAAUGUCAUAGGAAUAUUGAGCAACAAAAAAUAUAUACGUAUCUUUUAUUACAGCUUUCAUUUUUUUUAGUUAAUUUGU